ACUUUUGCUAAGAAAAAGCCAACAAACUGAAGACAGAUCCCCCCAAUGUUCCUAAAUGGUCUUUGUUUUGGGUGCAUUGAUCGCCCUCAUUCGGUGCAUUUGCUGAAAAGGGAAUUGUAAACAUAUGUAUAACAGUAAAUCCUCGUAAAGAUGGAAGAAAAGCAGUAUACGUCACUGACGGUUCCUACGGAUUAUCUCCAACAGUGUUUCGUCUCAUCUCGGGACAACUCCCAAGAAAAACAAAAGAAGAUAGUGUCACCCCAGUCUGCCUCUUGUCCUGUUGUCUUCUCGACCUGUAGGUAUCAGUCCACCCAGCAGCACCCCCAAGCUCAACAUGUGAUGCAGUACCAUAACACAGGUCAUAUGGGCCAUUACAUGGAGGGAUCCAGAGAGGACCGGGUCAUGACAGAGCUGUCGGUCCACCAGGAGCUCCCAGUCCACCAAGAGCUGGACUUCCAUCAUGACUUCCUCGGCCAUCAAGAGCCAAUUGUCCAACAUCAUCAGCCUGUGGAUACAUCACAAGCUCCAAUGCCAGGGAAGAGAAAGAGAGGUAGGCCUCCCAAACAGAAGCCUGGGGAGGGCCAACCGCAGGAGGAACACGAUCAGGCAGAAGCUCUGAAGAAAGCCAAAAGGACCCUUAACCGCUUCAAUGGCAUGUCGGUGGAUGAGGUCAUGGCCAAAACCCUGCCAGACAUUAUUGACCACAACCUUGACAUUUUGAUAAUUGGUAUCAAUCCAGGACUAUUGUCAGCCUACAAGGGACGACAUUACCCAAACCCAGGAAAUCAUUUUUGGAAAUGCCUGUUCCUCUCUGGUCUCACUGAUGAGCAACUCAACCACAUGCAUGAUCAAAACCUACCGGAGAAGUAUGGCAUUGGCUUUACCAACAUGGUGGAGAGGACAACGCCAGGAAGCAAAGAUCUCUCAAGCAAAGAGUUUCGUGAAGGAGGCCAUCAAUUGGUGGAGAAGCUGAAGAAAUACAAGCCACUAAUUGCAGCUUUCAAUGGAAAAUGUAUUUACGAAAUUUUCAGCAAAGAGAUCUUUGGCGUGAAGGCAAAGAAACUCGAGUUCGGCUUACAGCCGUACACAAUCCCAGAAACCGAAACGGUGUGCUACUUGAUGCCCUCGUCAAGCCCCCGCUGUGCCCAGUUCCCCCGCGCUCAGGACAAGGUUCACUUCUACAUCAAGCUGAAGGAGCUACGGGAUAAGAUCAAGGGUGUGGCCCCAGUUGCCCGUGAGGUGCAAGAGACAGAGUACCACUUCGACUUGGGACUUGCCAAAGAGGACGCUAAGAGGAUGGCCAUCAAGGAAGAGCAGGUGGAUCCUGAGUACGAGAACUGCGGUGGGGCGCGCCAGGAUGCAAAGCAAAGCACCAGCUACUGCAACAUUUCCUCCACCAAAGAGACAGCAAUGCCCAGUAAGGACCAAGCUACAGCAAUGAGCCACAUGCCAUACGACCAGUGGAUGACACAGUCGUUUGCGGACCAGAUACCGGACAUUAGCUGUAACAGUAGCAAUGUACCUCAACCUCAGUUGGGAGCAGAAACCUUUUGAAGAAGGUCCCACAAGAAGAGUCAUUGGGUCAUACCUUUUCUGAGGCAUCAUAAUGCAUGCGUUACACUAGAAGGAAGACGGAGGGGAAAUGGCCCAUCUUGACUGGACUCCCAUUUUCAAAUCCUCUUUAAAACACAGGCCAUUUUUUUUCUUAAUUUUGUAACUAUUUAUUGCAUUUCAUACAGCAUGUGUCCAGUGUCUUAUUUUUAUAUUUUUAAAGAAUGGGAUUUUGUCGUAUAUCUCACUUGGUGUAAUUGUGCUCUGGAAUUUUCAAGUUUGUUAUUACCGAGAUAUUAAAUCAGUUGUAAAACUGACAGACAGUUA